AUGGACAAACUCACUGACGACCCCUAUAUUGGAAUAGCCAUAGUGCACGUUGUGGAUUUCAGACUUCAAUGCUCGCCGAGUGGAAGCUAUCAAGAUCCACAAUAUGGUACUCUGGACAAAGCUAAAUUCCAAUUCAUCGGUGAAAGACCACGCGGUGCCAAUGGCUUUGAUGAAGACUUCAUGAGGACAUAUUCACUACUCAGUAACAUCCAAAAUCUUGGAGCCAAAUCUCAAUAUCGCAAAGACAUGCUCAACGAGAACACGAUCAGGUUUGCUAAGAACAUAUUUGAAAAAAGGGAUGUUCCUGUUCCAGAUUCUCCAACAUCUGUAAAAUGUGCCGUGUAUUUGGAAGAUCUUGAAAAUCCACGGGAAGCACCAUCCGUAUCUACUCUUGCUACCAAGAUGGACACCGAAAUGGCUCAUUGGCCUAUCAAAGAAGACUACAUCAACGACUUAGAAGGCAUCAAAGCCAAUUACAAAGCUGUACCGCUCCGUGUCUACGACACUAAUGACACAUUCGUCGAACCAGCGAACGUCAACAAGUUGCUGCACAACGCACUUGUUGAAGUUCACUUCACUCUCCAUCAUACUUACCUUCCCAAGUCGACACCCCCUCAUGAUUCAUUCCGCACAAAUAUCAAGCAAAUUCUGAUCUUAGACUCAGGAAAGCAGAAAGAAAAUGUGUACAGAAGUGACCCACAUGCCGGUCCUAUCCGAAUGCACCACUCUCCUCCGCCUACCAAACUCCCACCCCCGAAAAAGAUGCGGAUGGAUGAAAGCAGAGGAGAGUUAAAAGAGUGA